AUGACGAUUGUGCUGGGGCUCAGCCCGACGAACAUGGCUUUCGCCGACAAGCUUGACCAGCUGCUCCUGCGCGGCACGCUCUCCGACAUCCAGGAAGAACUUCAUCGCCCCACUUCGAGUGUCGCCGACUGUGCACGACUGAGCAAGCGAUGCACGACCUCGGCGCUUUCGAUACUCGACUCGAGCACGUCGUACGGUACCCUUGUCGUCGGCUGCGCGGCGCUCGCUCGUCGGAGCUUCGCCUUCCGCCUCGCCUGCUUUUCGAUGAUCCUCGAGCGUGGUGCGAACCCUUUCGCGCGAGGAACGGACGGACGGGCAGUUUCGUGGAUAUUGGACGGUAUCAAGAACUCGGCUGAGCGGCAGUGCUUCGAGGAAGAGUUGCAGGCGGCGCAGAAAGCCUGGAAAUCGAGCGAGAAGUACGAGAUGGCUCUGGAUAUUCGCGAAUGGAUCGAAGACUCGCUGGCGGUGAUGGAGGAGGAGAAGCGGGAGGCAUUCAAGCAGUCGAAGCGCGAAGCGUUCGUGCAGUCGCCGCAGGAGAUUGAGCCAGCGGUCGCGGAGCGAGCACCGACUCCGACUCCUCCGCCUGGCAAGCGCCCUCGCCUCGAGUCUCCUGCGCCCGAAAAACUCCCUUCUUCGCAGAACGAGUCGCUUCCCGACUACGACGAGGUCGUUACGGGAUCCAAGACUGAGCUGGUUGAGCCAAAGCUGCCUCCGCCCGAACCGACGCCCGUGACGGGCGAGCCUGCGCCUCCGAAGCAUCAGGACGAGACGCCGGCGCCCCCGGGGCAAGCCUCGCAGGCUCCUUCGACCGUGCCCGUGUCUGCGGUUCCUCCGACUGGCGCCCCAUCGACCUCGUCUCGGUUGUCUCGCCUUCCGCCCGGCGUCGUACAAGGACCGCAAGUUCAGCCAAAGCCCAGCUCACAGCCUUCCACCUCCCGUCUACCACCUCCGCCGCCACCUCCACUUGCGCCUGACACACUCACUCCAGUUGCCCCACUCCAUCAGGUGCCACCGCGGACGAGUCGACGCCGCCCAAGACCUCGCCUUCCGUUGCGCGUCUUCCGCCGACGGCGCAGAGCGCAUCUCCUGCGAAAGCUCUGUCGACUAGCCGUCUCCCGCCUGGCCUUUCACCCUCGUCCAAGGUCAGCCCGUCAACUAGUUUACCUCCGCCGUCCGCCUCGCCCGCCUAGAAGCCGCCAACUUCGCUCGCACACGUGCCUCCAGCUUCUUCGCCUCGGAUCCCCUCGUCCAGCCGUCUUCCACCUGGGCUUCUCGCCUCUGCACCGACUGAACCAGCUGCAAUGCGUCGACCGCGCGCGACCUCGACAGGUACUGAGGCGACGGCGCAGGCGACUGCCCGCUUGUCGCCUCGCGGAGCCGCUUCUCCAGGUCGCUCAGAACGGCCGCUACCCGGGCUGGGGCCAACAAGCUCUCAAGCUCCUCCGCCUACACGUCCGAGGGCAGACCCGAUGA